AUGGCCAAUUUUACCAAGAAAAACGACCUCUUUCCUUCAAGAUAUGGCAGAGGUAGAGGCAUAAAGAACACAGAUUAUGGCAUUGUUCAGAUUUCCAAGAAUGACGAUAUCCCUAAAGACUGGAAACAUGGCUCCCUUAUGCGUACUUCUUCAAAAUACAGGGUUAAUUAUUUGGAUAACCAAACCUCUCUUUUCCCAGAGAUUAGGAAAGAUCAAUCUGAUGGUUUUUCAGCAGGAAGAACUCAUGAUUAUAGAAUGAAUACUACUGCUUUGAAUACCCCGAAGAUAAGCAUUUCAAGUCCAAUUUCUCCUGUGAAUUCAACUAAAGGAAUGGGGCUUCAGAAGGGUUACUACAAUAAUUAUCUCAGUACCGCGAAAUCAUAUGAAAAAAAAAAGGUAGCAUUGAAAAUUCUAGGCACGAGGACAAAAGUAGGCCCCAACCAUAGUAUCCUAGACUCAGGAAAACCAAAUUACAGUGUACUAAGAAGCCCUGUACAGUUUAGAAACAUGAUUGCUGAACCAAUAGAAGACCAUAAGUACAAUCCUUACCUUAGCAGCCAUUAUAGAUCACCUCUUACUAAUGUAAAUGGGUAUUUACUUCAAUAA